GCCCCUCCCCGCCUCCCGACAUGUCGCGGCGGCGGCACAGCGACGACAGCGACGGGCAGCCCCACAAGAGGCGGAGGACGUCUGAGCCGUCGGAGAUCGAGGAAAGGCUCGAGUCGCUCAUCUGCAGGGUGGGAGAGAAGAGUAAUUCAUCUUUGGAGAGCAACUUGGAGGGCCUAGCUGGUGUUUUGGAAGCUGAUCUGCCAAAUUACAAAAGCAAGAUACUAAGAAUACUAUGUACUGUUGCACGUCUGUUACCAGAAAAGCUUACUGUUUACACGACACUAGUUGGGUUGCUGAAUGCCAGGAACUACAAUUUUGGUGGGGAAUUUGUAGAAGCCAUGAUUCGUCAGCUUAAAGAAUGUCUGAAAGUCAAUAUGUAUAAUGAAGCUGUGCAUUUAGUUCGUUUUCUGUCUGAUCUUGUGAAUUGUCACGUAAUAGCUGCACCUUCAAUGGUAGCUAUGUUUGAGAACUUUGUGAGUGUGACACAGGAGGAAGACGUACCCCAAGUACGGUGUGACUGGUAUAUGUUUGCAUUUCUGUCAUCUUUGCCUUGGGUUGGAAAGGAGUUAUAUGAGAAAAAGGAUGCUGAAAUGGAUCGUCUCUUAUCUCAGACAGAAAGCUAUUUGAAACGCCGCCAGAAGAUUCAUGUACCCAUGCUACAAGUUUGGACUGCUGAUAAACCACAUCCACAGGAAGAGUAUUUAGACUGCCUUUGGUCUCAGAUUCAGAAGUUGAAAAAAGACCGUUGGCAAGAACGACACAUUCUGAGGCCCUACUUGGCUUUUGACAGCAUUCUUUGUGAAGCGCUGCAACACAAUCUGCCUCCGUUCACUCCUCCACCUCACACCGAAGAUUCAGUGUACCCGAUGCCAAGGGUUAUUUUUAGGAUGUUUGACUAUACAGAUGACCCUGAGGGCCCCGUCAUGCCUGGCAGCCACUCUGUUGAACGAUUUGUAAUAGAAGAGAACCUUCACUGCAUCAUCAAAUCCCACUGGAAAGAGAGAAAGACUUGUGCUGCACAGCUGUUGAGCUAUCCAGGAAAUAACAAGAUCCCCUUGAACUACCACAUAGUAGAGGUGAUAUUUGCAGAAUUGUUUCAACUUCCAUCUCCACCACACAUUGAAGUCAUGUACACAACGCUCCUGAUUGAACUGUGCAAACUUCAGCCUGGCUCUUUACCACAAGUACUUGCACAAGCCACAGAAAUGCUCUACAUGCGUUUGGAUACAAUGAAUACAACAUGUGUGGACAGAUUUAUUAACUGGUUUUCUCACCACUUGAGCAACUUUCAGUUCCGUUGGAGCUGGGAAGAUUGGUCAGAUUGUCUUACUCAGGACCUUGAAAAGCCCAAACCCAAAUUUGUGAGAGAGGUUUUGGAAAAGUGCAUGCGACUCUCCUACCAUCAGCGAAUAAUAGACAUUGUUCCUGCAAGUUUUUCUGUCCUCAGUCCUGCUAAUCCAGUGUGCAUUUACAAAUACGGAGAUGAAAGUAAUAGGUCUCUUCCUGGAUAUACUGUGGCACUCUGUUUAACAAUUGCAAUUAAAAAUAAGGCCAGUAAUGAUGAAAUCUUCAGCAUUUUAAAAGAUGUGCCUAAUCCAAACCAGGAUGAUGAUGAUGAUGAAGGAUUUACCUUCAACCCUCUGAAAAUAGAAGUCUUUGUUCAGACUCUGCUCCAUCUAGCUGCAAAAUCUUUCAGCCACUCCUUCAGUGCCCUGGCAAAGUUUCAUGAAGUCUUCAAAACGCUUGCUGAAAGUGAUGAGGGGAAACUCCAUGUUCUGAGGGUUGUAUAUGAGGUUUGGAAGAAUCAUCCACAGAUGAUUGCUGUGCUUGUGGACAAGAUGAUCCGAACACAAAUUGUUGACUGUGCUGCAGUAGCAAACUGGAUCUUCUCUUCAGAGCUUGCACAUGAUUUUACUAGGUUUUACAUCUGGGAGAUCUUACAUUCCACAAUUCGUAAGAUGAAUAAGCAUGUUCUGAAGAUCCACAAAGAACUGGAGGAGACUAAGGCAAGAUUGGCCAGGCAGCACAAAAGACGAGACAGUGAUGAUGACGAUGAUGACGAUGACCGAAGCAGCGAUCGGGAAGAUGGACCGCUAGAAGAGCAGAUAGAACGCUUGCAGGAAAAAGUAGAGUCAGCCCAGAGCGAGCAAAAGAAUCUCUUCCUUGUUAUAUUCCAGCGUUUCAUUAUGUUGUUAACUGAGCACUUAGUGCGCUGUGAGACUGGUGGCAUUGAUGUAUUUACACCUUGGUACAAGAGCUGUAUAGAGAGGUUGCAGCAGAUCUUCCUGCAGCAUCACCAGAUAAUCCAGCAGUACAUGGUGACCCUAGAGAACCUGCUGUUUACAGCUGAACUGGACCACCACAUACUGGCUGUGUUUCAGCAGUUCUGCGCUCUGCAGGCCUGAGGAUUAUUCACGGGCAAAAUCUUGUCUGCAGGACUUUAAUGAAUCUAAUUUUUUUUUUUUUAAAUGGGAAAACUUGACAUGGGGAUGGAAGAAUUUUUUGACUAAAACUGGCUUUCAUGUGCUCCUAUAUAAAACAAUACAGUACUCUAACCAACAGCAAACUGUGUAAGCAUCAUAAGCCUUACAAGAUAUGACUGAUAGGGGAUAGAUGUGAAGUAAAAUAUUAAUUCUUUUCAUUGUC